CUGGACGGGCUCCUGGAGACCUACCCGUGGAGAGCCCCCCUCGCCCUGGACUUCAAGGCUUUCGGCGCAGACAGCCAGGGUGGGAGCUCCAGCUCUUCUCCCGUGGCCUCCAGCGGUGGGACCCCCUCUCCUCUGAACCCCCUGCUCUCUCCAUCGUGCUCCCCUCCCACGCUUCACUUGCCUGCGAGCAGCCUGGGCUUGUCGUGCCCCGAGAGCUUCCUGCACCCCCUCAACGUGCCCCUCUACUACAAGAUCUGCCCCACGAGCUUCUUGAGACAACAGGCGCUCCUCCUUCCGAGCCACGAAAAACUGGGAGCCACCAACCCACACCUUUUACCCCACUUCAUGGUGGAUGUGCCCAAACUGUCUUCCCUGAAAAACGCCAAAGCCGAAGACUUAAACGCUCAGUGCCUACAAGCCCCCGGUCCUGCUGGUCAAAUGCUGUAUGGAUUACAUGCAUCUGGAAACAUUUUCCCAUCAAGUCCCAUUGCUCGGGAAGCACUUAAUUGUUCUUUACAUCCUCCAUAUGGCUUGUAUGGUUAUAACUUCUCUGUGCCAUCCAGACUGAUGAAUGCAGCAGGGCAUUUCAAAGUGAGUGACAGCAUUCCGGCUGCUUUGAGGGACGGCAGAUGCAAUCACUCCAACUGGCACCCCACAAUUAACCACUGCCUUUAGUGGGAUCAGAGAAUAUUUCUGAGCUGUGUAAAGCAAGUCCUUCCUUCUUUCAUAGCCAGGGGCUCAUUAGUUAUUGACUCUGAAAUGCUGCAUGGUACAGGAGCAGGAUGGGCAGGCAUUUAAUCCUUUUGUUUUGUGGAUGGAGUGUUGUGCUGUUGGGUGGGUGGAGGGUUUGAGAUGACCCUGAGGUGAUACCUUUUGGCCACAUUUAUGUCACAGUUGUAGGUUAAGAGCAAACUGUCAGUCACCUUUUUACUAUUUGCACUCUCAAGUGGGGACAUUGAUGUCUGUAUUUCUACAGCUCUGUUUUCUCUCUCUUGCUUGCCUUUAGUUAGCUCAGAGCCCUGGGGAGCUGCUGCUCACCCACUCAAGUUUUAUCCCUAAUUUCAAAGGGACUCUCCAGGACCUGGACUUGGCAAAGGAGCCACAUCUGGCCAAGCACUUGAGCUUGUUCUUAAGUUCUCUUGGCUCUAAUGGGUCCUAAUUAAUGACAUAAAAGUCCCUCAUUCUCCAAGACCCCGAUGCCUCCGUUAUCAGGGUGGGGACAUAAAUCCAGUACCUUAAAUCCAAGUAUCUGCUGCCAGGCUAAAGAAAGGCAGGAUGAAAGAUGGAUGGGAUGAGAAGCUGCAGGAGUGGCCCAGAGCCCUCUUUUCCAUGCCCUACCCUCCGGUGGCACCAGCAUCGAUGGCGUGGUGGGAAGGACAGGAUGGGGUCACACAUCUCUCCCAUAUUGAGAUGGAUCCAUGCUGGGGACAUGGAGGAUACAUCUCAGAGAGUUGUGUGGGAUGAAACACCCCCAGGAGCCCUGCAGGACAAUCCUGUGAGCCAGAGCUCUCAGCCCCAAGGGACACAGAAGAUCCACGUGGGAUCUCAUCCAGCCUUGCCCAAAGGAAGGGGCAGGGAUGUUCCUGGCUCAGUCCCACAGAGACCACAGAUCCUUUAUGGAGAAUUACAACUCUACAGGCCCUGGAACAUGAGAUUUUCCAUUCCUUCCAAAAUUCCUGUUUGUUUUCUUGUAACCUGUGGAUAUUCUUGUUAUUCCUGUAAAUAAUGUCCAGCUCCCAAGGGUGCCAUGUAACUCACAAUAAAUCAGGACACAGGUUUUAUUCUUUAUUUGAUUGAUGUUCAGUCUCUACCUACAGUCAAAUUUAUCACUUGAGAGAUAGCAGAUAUUGGAAAAUUAGGCUUGGCUGGGACCAGCCCUAUUUUGGGAUUAAUCUUGUAUUUUCAAGCACAACACACAAUAUAGAGGAAUUAGGCACAGGUUUAAGAAUCAAAAGUGAUACCAGAGCUUUGAUUUUAUUUUCAUCCUCAACAGAUAACAACUUCAGACCAGAACAAGCAAUAUCAAAAGCUGCUAAAUUAACAAAAAUUACACUUUUAGUUUCAUGAGACUUUGAUAAAAUUCAGACAACAUUGGUUUCCUUAAUUUUCCUGAUGUGGGUGUUCACAGGGCUCCCAGUGACUCCAGUAUGAAAUGAGGGACUGUGAUAAAUGGUCUGUACAACUGUAAAAAUGAA